CCCGCGCGGUCCCUGUGCCCCGGCCCCGCCGGUGCCGGGGGGCGGCGGCGAGGGAGAGUGGUCCCCGGAGAGCAUUUUCCGGAGCGGAGUGGAGCGGGGCCGGCGCGGGGCUGGGGACCGGCAGGAAAUGGAAGGAUGAAGUGUGCAGCCGAAGCGGUGAUGUUUGCUCUCUCCUUGCUUUCCCCUGCAGGAAUGUAAUCCGCAAUGCUAGUUCUCAGGUUGCUCAAUGUUGUUGCUCCAGCCUACUUCUUGUGCAUCUCCCUAGUGACCUUCGUCCUCCAGAUCUUUCUCUUCAUCCCCAGCAUGUUCAGAGAUCCUUCCACCACCUCACUUCUCUCUCCUGCUCUGCUGCAUGGGGCCCUCUUCCUCUUCCUCUCAGCUAAUGCCCUGGGCAACUACGUACUUGUGAUCCAGAGCUCCCCUGAGGACUUGGGCAAGGGCUUAAACUUGGGCAAAGGAGCCGAAGUGGUGGCGGACUGGCUGGACGGAAGCAGGUCCCCUGGCUCAGCCUUGCCCAGCACUCACUUCUGUAGACUGUGUGCCAGAAUCACCCAGAGGCAUGACCACCACUGUUUCUUCACAGGGAACUGCAUCGGGAGCAGGAACAUGCGGAACUUCAUCAUGUUCUGCCUCUACACCUCCCUGGCUUGCCUCGACUCCCUGGUGGCAGGCAUGGCUUACAUUUCUGUCGCACUCUCCGUGUCCUUCGCAAAUCCACUGGCCUUCCUCACUCUUCUGCCUCAUUCCAUCAGCCAGUUCUUCUCAGGGGCUCUCCUCAGCUCUGAGAUGUUUGUCAUCCUCAUGCUCUACCUCUGGCUUGGGAUCGGCCUGGCCUGUGCUGGCUUCUGCUGCCACCAGAUGCUGCUGAUCUUACGUGGGCAGACGCGGUACCAGGUGCGGAAAGGGAUGGUGGUAAGAGCCCGGCCCUGGAGGGAGAACCUGCGAGAGGUCUUUGGGAAGAGGUGGCUUCUAGGACUUCUCAUCCCUGUGCUGAAUGUCGGAAGUAACUACCAUAGGCAGAAAGAGAAAUAAAAUCCCGGAGUGUGUGUGCAUCUCAUACACACAGCACCUUCCUUGUUCUCUCCCACUCUCUCUGGAUCACUGAAGAGCUGGGCUAGUCCAUCUCUCGGGUUUGCAGCCUCUGUGGGAGGAAAGGACUGGCUAACUAACAGAAUGAAUUUAGCCUAUUAACAAGAUCACACACCAUGUAGAUGAAGAGAUACUGCAGCUUAGUAGUCACAUCACUGCACCUGUGUACAUGAAAACAGCCUUUGAACUAGCAGAAAAAUUAGUCAGACCUUCCUAUGCUUCCUGCCUGACUUCUCCGGGCCCCAGACCCCACCAGCCAGCCUAUACCUUCCCUAAUGAAUUGCAGCAGGAGCUUUCAGAGAGCCUGGGCUCUGGUACUGUAGAAACAGUAUCUGUUCCUUGGGAGGGUUUUGUAGGGUGUCUUUGGCUCUUAUAUACCUAAAGCAACUUUAUGAUAUUGAGAAGCCUUUAAUGAUAGAACUGCAAGGUAACCAAGCCACCCUAGGAGCAGGCUACACACAUGGCUAGGAAGGUGGAUAAACCUUCUCUCCACAAGCUAGAAAAUCAGAGAGAAAAAAGAGAUAGCCAACUUUCUCCAUUUCUGCACUUGUUUUCCUCCCUGUGCAGUGAUAAGUGAGGACUGUAGCUCUGCUACUUAUUUUCAGCAGUCCUUUGCCCAGUGACACAGUCCCGGCAAAGCUGCUCUUCUGACAGGGAGCAGCCGGCAGAUAAAUCACUGUAAUGCAGAGACACAGGGAGAGGAAACUGCAGAGGUGAAUGUAAAGGCUGUGUCUGGGAAGCUGUGCGUCAGGGCAGGCUGAGGGAGAGCGAGGGAAGGGUGCACACACACGGAGCUGUGCAGAGGGUGCCAAGAGCCCUGCUGGUGCACCUGAGCCCUGAUGCAUCGCCCUGCCAGACAGGGCACCUGCACCAUUUGUGCUGUGAAGAGUCCAGACUCCCAGAAGACAGGGAGGUUUUCUAGCUGAUCAGGACACUUUACACGGAAAACAAAACUAAAAAUAUUUACCUCAGACAUCCCUGUUGCACCAGGUUUAUAGGCUCUCCAGGACAAUUCCCUCUUUCAUUGCUGCAGAGGGGUAAAUUCAUCCAUGUUAUAACUCCAUUAAGGAGGUUAGUGGAAUUACUACAGGGAUUAGUCAGCCUAAUGUGUCAGUUGGUUUCCAGUUGCAGCAACAGCCUGUGAGAUCAGUGUUGAGAUCCUGCACUAAUAGGUGCCUUAAGAAAGGAUACCAUGACAUCUCUGCCAGGAUCAUAGCGCUGGGCUCCCCAGCAGCUGUAACAAGAAGCCUCUGUUUUGGCAAACUGCCUCAGCUUCCAUGGGCUCGCCGGGAAGCUGUUGCUUCUCUUUAAUAGGCUGGGAAGUAUGCUGAUGAACAGUGAAAAGGGAAUUAUCUUCCUCAAAAAACGCUCACAGUGCAUCCCAGGUGGAUGAACACACCAGAUCCACUUUCAUUCUUGUGUUUCUCAUGUGGCAGAGCAGAGGCACUCGUUCCUAUAGGCUUUAUAAAUGUCCUUCACAGCUUCACGCUUGUACACGCAUUUGGAUCAGUAACAAACAAAGUCUAUUGUGAUGAGCAGAGUAACCAUGAGAAUAUACUGAAAAAAAAACCCUAGCUGGAUACUUAAAACGUACAGUAUAUAAGCUCUUCCACGCUGUGUGUGUUCAUAUGAAUGCACCACUGUUUCCAUGUGUAAUACGCUGUAUUUUCACUAACAGUGAACAAUAAAAAGUGUUUUGAUUUUUUA